AUGGCUUCAAGGCAAGCGGCGAAGGAAGAAAGAGCUGAAGCUGCUGCGAGGACUGCAGCAGAUGAGCUCGGUGAUGUGAACAGAGAGAGAAAACAGAGAGAACAAGAAGGUGAAAUGGAGUAUGAGACUCAGUAUCAUCAUGAACAGAGAGGACCUGGUGUUAUUGGAAGCAUUAUCAAGUCAGUUCAAGGGACUGUUGAACAUGCUAAGGAUGCUGUGAUGGGGAAAUCUCAAGAAACUACUGAGAAAAUGGAAGAGUAUAAGGAUUCUGCUGCAGGAAAAACUGAGGAAUAUAAAGAUUACACGGCGGAGAAGGCUAAGGAGGCUGAAGAGAAGGCGAAAGAGUCGGAGAAUUCGGCUGCAGAGAAGGCAAAACGAGCUGCAGGUUAUGCGGCAGAAGAGGCAAGGGAGAGCAAGGAUUCUGCUGCGGGAAAAACUGGGGAGUACAAAGAUUAUGCAGCGGAGAAGGCUAGGGAGGCCGCUGAGAAGGCGAGAGAUGCUAAAGAUUCUGCUGCAGAAAAGGCAAAACAAGCGAAAGAUUAUGCGGCAGAAAAAGCCAAGGAGGCCUCAGAGAAGGCUAGGGAGGCUAAAGAUUCUGCUGAAGAAAAGGCUAGGGAAAUUAAUGAUUCUGCAGCGGAGAAGGCCAGGGAGACUAAGGAUUCUGCAUUAGGCAAAGCUGUGGAAUAUAAAGAUUAUGCUGCCCAGAAGGUGAAGGACACGAAGGAUUCGACCCUGGGAAAAGCAGGCGAAUACAAAGAUUAUGCUGCGGAGAGAGCCAGGGAUACGAUGGACCAUGCAGCUGAGAAGACAAAGCAGGAGAAGGAUACGACUAUGGAGAAAGCAAAGGAAGCUAAGGAUACAACAAUGGAGAAAGCUGGUGAGUACAAAGACUACAAUGCUGAGAAAGCCAAGGAAGGAAAGGAUACUACUGUUAGGAAGAUCACAGAACUUAAGGAUUCUGCAGCUGAUGCGGCAAGGUGGGCUAUGGGCUAUAUUACAGGGAAGAGAGAGGAGACAAAGCAAAAGACAGAAGAAACUGCUGAGGCUGUAAAGCAAAAGGCUGAAGAAACCAGACAAGAAGCCAAGGAGAAGUAUGAAGAGUCGAAGGAAGAAGCAAGGUGCAAAAUGGAGGAGAUGAAGAUUAAAGAAGAGGGCGAUAGAGAUGAUGCCAGAAAGAGAGGAGCAGGAGAAAGAGAAGCUGCAACAGAAGGGGGAAAUGGUCAGGCUAAGGGUGGAGGUCUUUUUGGCGCCUUAGGGAGUGUGAAGGAUGCCGACAAACUGACGCCUCAUCCAACCAGGGACGAGACGGGAGCAACGAAGGAGGAGCGAGUGGCUGCGGAUCCGGAGGGAACUCAGGUGGAGAUGGUGGUUGAUCUGGAGGAAACACCAGCUGGGACGACGGCUUCCACCUUGAAAGCGGCUGAUCAGCUGUCUGGACAGACAUUCAACGACGUUGGAAGGCUCGAUGAAGAGGGCGUCGCACGUGUGCUUUUGGUGCGAAAGGAGAAAAUGUAA